GACCUGGAAGCCCAGACUUUGCCACAGACAGGCACUCAUAAGAACACACAGAAUUUGGUACACCAUCAAGUUGAAAGCUCGCCUAGAGCCCCAGCUUUUCAAGUAACGGAUACGUUCUUCUCGUAUUGCCGAGAUGUCAGUUACCCGUAAAGCUGAGGCUAUGAAUAUCUUGGUGGAAGCGUGCAUACUUAAUCCACAUCCGUAACGCUUUGACCAUCUAGCGUCCGUUCUCUCCACUCCCCCAUGUCAGCUUCUCGCCAUUGGUAUCCACCCAGUCAUCCUUCCUACCAUGCACUCCCGAAAUCCCAUGAAGACUUUGACUCAAUACGGUCAAAGUCCACUGCUGGGACUGGGACUAAUUUCUACGACCGCAGUCUGACGGUUCGCAUGUAUGCCCUUGUUGGGGUGGCAUUCUCCACUAUCAUCAGCUGCUGUUGCAUCACCACAGGGAUUGUCAUUAUAAUAAUUCAAGGAGCCAAUGGGGUGACCCCGUUGAUGAGACUCACAGGUGCCAUGCAAGACAGCGACCUGCCGUUCGAGAUAUUGAAGUUGAUACUAAACCUACUCGUCACAAUAUGCACCGAGUCUACAGGCUUCGUCCAUAACAUCUCGUUGCGCUCUGCGCUAGCCUCGGACUCUCGGCUUCGUUUCAACACGAAUCUGCGCCUUCUGACCGCAGGUCAUGGAUGGAGAAAUCCUAAUGGUACCCUAUUUAAUGGCAUCAUGGUCAUCCUCCUCGUCAUAUCCUACACCUCAUCCUCGCUUGUCGUGUAUAUCAACUACGCAUACUCUUCAGACGGUUCGCAUGCGGAUUAUGUUGCCAUCGCAGGGUUACCUCUGUUCUUGUUGGGCAUCGCACUUCUUCUGCAGGUCGUGAUAGCGAUAGCAGGGAUUCGGGCCGUCGAAAUACCCACUUGGAGCUCCUCACCUUUUGACUUGACCGCUGCACUGGUCCACCACACACAAUUGACCCCGGUUGCUUUCCGGUGCAUGCGCAGUGUAUCUGACAUGAAUGGGGAUGGAGGUCCAGCGACGCCGUCAAAGACACAGCCCUCAGCGUGGCGUGCUCAUCCCAGCAUCCGAAAAGUCGUCAUUUUUCUUUGGGUGGUUGUUGCAGCAUGCGCUGGGUGGGGCGCAUUCGUUAUGCAUAUCUGGGACAAGGUCCCCAGCACGAGAUUCUCGUCUCCUCCGCUAGCCAUGUCAACGUGGUCGUUGUCGUUCAACGAGAAAUCGAAUUACAUCGGUUAUUACAUGCCGGAUGCCGGUCCCCAGUGGUGGAUUCUGGUCUUUAUCAACCUGGCAGUUGUCCAGGGACCGUUGACACUUGCAUUGCAUUGCUCGGAACUCAUCGCGAAUGUCAUUCGAGAUGAACGACAGUGGAGACACGCUACCACAAGAAAAGGACUUCAUACGGCGACGAACCCGCUGACAGCGAUUCUCACUCAUCCGAUCUGUAUCGUACUUUUCGUCACGAAGCCUUUCCUGCACUGGAUGUUCGGGCUUUCAUUCGUCGUAUCUGACGGCGCCGCUGACGGGGUGCUGGGAAGGUUCGCGAUAUUCAUGCUUACUGCCCAGAUCUGGAAUUUAUGUAUAGCGCUGUUUAUAUUGGCCUGCUGUUUUACUUUCGUCGCACUGCGCCGACCGCGCGGCCCACAGCCAGCCACAUACGGGCACCUCCAGACGCUCGCUAACGUCGUGGACGAGUGGUCGCCUGUGAUGUGGUGGGGCCACAAGGGGGACGGACCUCAGUGUUGUCAUGCUGGGACGAGCGAUCAUCCGCUGCCAGAUGUGAGGAUGGGCUUUGCUUAUGCCGGUUCUGAUGUCAAGUCCUCUGCGUCUGUCUCGUGAGAAUCCUUCGCUUUCAAAAAAACAUUGCCGACAUGUCUACAUUGGAGCAAAAUCCAAACCUGCCGGGCUGACGGUGCGCACAGUCAGCCAUGCCUCUCUAAACAAACAG